AGUUGUUAACCAACCUGCCAUCACCUCUUCAACUCAGUAGACAUAUUAAAACGUAUCAUUUCCCAUGACGUAUCCCGGCGGAGGUUUCAGAUAAAGUCGAGAAUUCUGAGCACGAAUUUGUCAAACAAAACACUUAGUACUUUAAUAACAAUGGAGCGGUUCACUCGAAGCUCUCUCCUGCGCUUCGUUUUAUCUGUGAGCUUAAUAUACAGAACUUUGACGACUCCUGUAGCGACUCAACAUAGCGCCGCUUUUGACAAAAUAGCCAGAGUUAAUCAACAGUACGGUAAGAAUCUUUUUCUUUUAUCAAGCGACGUUAGCAUUUGUCUACCUUUGCGUUGUAGCUCUAAACAAAUGCGAAUUUUGAGGUGUAGUUUACUUGUUCAAUGUCCACCCAGGCUGGGUUCUUUCUUGUUGUUUGCGCAAGGCAAUUUUACUAUUCAAAUUUUGGGACAGACUUGGCGACCAUGACAUGUUUGUAUUUAUGAUUAUUCUUCACUAUUUCUACAUGAACAAUCCACUCAGGGAAAGAGUCCUUCAUGCAACAGUUCAGAUCAAGAUAUUACGUUGCUUGAAAAAGCGUUUUUCGCUUUGCACGUGAAUCGACUGUUGAGUGUUGUCCAGGUUCAAUAUAUUCCUUUUUCUAUCUACACGUCUACGAUUGUAACUACUCAUUGAGAAAUGCACUUGUAGGCUCUUUUGUGGGAGAUUUGUUGUAGUUAUUUCUAGAAAAAUUAAACCUGUUUUAGAGACCACGAGGUGUUGGUUGUUAACGCAAGGUCGCAUUCUUGUGAAGAGAAACGUCCUUAAUUAUUUUGUGGUUUAAAUGGCUGGCUGAUAUCGAAAGAAAACAAAUUUCAGAAUUACGUGUCUGAAACACACAUGAUACCUCAGAAAUACAAACAUAGUCGUUAAACAUGGCGCAAUUAAGCGGGUUUCGGUGACCGGGAAAAUAUCUUUGAGCUGCCGACGAAUUUUUAAGAAGUGUCUGGCGACCUUCUCUUCUGUAAAGUGAGUUUAUACCAGGCUAACAAAACGGCGCUUUAAACAAAGCGGCGUGCCGUCUACUUAGAGUAAUUGCCAAUAUGUGGUAACAAAUGCUCCAACAAAGGAAACAGAGGGGUAAACUUUCAGAGUAUCAUUUAUUGUUAUCAUUCUAUAUCAUCAACGACUAGAUUGGAUUGCAUUUCACCAAGAUGUCACAUAUCAACGCUUUAGCAACGACUCCGCUUAUUUUUGGGGGGGCGCCAAUAGUAUUAUUUUGCGAAAAAUUCGGAAAUGGAUUAGAAAUUAAAUCAUGGUUUCAAGACAGAGUUUUUAAAGUUUGCGGUUUGUAGAGGAAAUAUUAUUUAAGCAUCUGUUAUGUUAUUAAUAAACAGCUCAUUGUUCAGAGAACGGGGCAGUUUUCGCAGCUUGUCAUGCCGAUCUCGGGUUGUUAACCGCAGUGUUUUUCUAGCUGGAAAUUUGUUAGCAAUAGAUUAGUUCAAGUUUUACAUGACUGCAACAAAAACUCACGUUGCGAGCUAAAACCCUAGAAAACGUGUAUUAGUACAGAGGGAAUGGAGGUCAAGUAAAGAAUCCUAUUUUUGGCACCCUUUCAGAGGGGUACAGUAUAUCAACUCUUUUUUUUAACAAAUUCGUGACAACGUCAUUUUAAUUCGUGACGAAGUAAUUUUUACCCUUAUCCUUGGAAUUUGCAGUCAACAAAAGCAGUGAACUUUUACUUGAGUCGUCUAAUGAUUCUAAUGACUGACUCGUGCCGUGUCAACUUGGCUGACACAACACGUUUUCAGUGGCUGGGUGCGAAUAGAAUGUGCACAGACUACAAUUCCCAGUUUAAAGUCUAAGGUCUAUAUGUCUGUCCCUAGCAUUUGUGUUUUUAAAAUUCUUGUGACUGGAAGGCGUCUGUCUUUUACAAUACCUAAUCAAUCAAAUUGAAACUUUUUAUUGUGUCCCUAAAACCACUUCAAAGGCUUCAAAACACAGAUCUUCUUUACUAGCUAGUGGAGUACACGCAUCCGUUGUUCAUAAUCCUCGAUAAAUAUCCAAUCGCGAGUGCAAAGGGUUUUACUCUUCACCGUGCUACAUAUUGUCGUUGUUUUAAUUUACCAUAUUUGUGUUCGUUCCAAGGUAGGAAAGUUAGAGAUGUGAAUACGUCACUUAUCAUUUUCAGUAAAGGGAAAAUUCUUAUCAGCAAAAUUGCACUUGACUGGACACUUGAACCAUCAGUGAUCAGAGAACAACACACCCUCUUUUAAUCCAGAAUCAAAACUCCUUUAUGUAGACUGGUGCAAUAGGUUUGGAUUGGUUUGGACCAGUCUCGAGAAGGAAAUCCAUGGGCCAAAAACAACUUUUAAGAACGGCGAAUUCGAUUGUCUUAAAACAACAGACCCUUUGCAUUCUGCAAUAAAUCCACCCAUAGAUGGAUUACGUUGUUGGUUGUCGAUUAAUGGUCACCAUUCCGUCGAUGCCUUUACAGUUGUAUUAUAGUCGAAAAGUCCUCUCAGAUGGUCACGAAAUGAUGACUUCAUAUGUGAUAAUAGAAUGUUCUCAGCACGCCGCACGCGACUUAUUUACAUUUUUUUCCUCUGAUUGUUUACCGUUCACAAUUUUGCCAUCCAUUGUUUCUUGAAGCACCGUAGACGAUCAUUUUCUUUAUUUUAAAUCAGCUUUUAUACCAUCAAAAAUUAUUGGAAGUUAUUUGUAUAUACAUGUACAAUCAAUUGUGCAGAUUGUCAUUGAUAUUAUAUCAACAUACACAUUCUCAAAAAUGUCCUUCAAUUCUUUUGUACCGUUACAAUGAGAAGAAUUUGUUUAAAAUCAGAACAUCUUUUGAUUGAUCAUUUACUUCAGUCUGGUGAUCUCCAAUUGUUAACUUUAAGUCAAAGUUAGGUACGUUUCAUAAAAUGUGCUUUAUUUUCCUAAGUUGAAUCAAUGUUUUGAAUUUGGUUCGGCAGAGCAGUCAAGUUAAAUAAUAAAGUUCUGCCUCGAACUACCAUGCCACACGACUCUGGCACGGCAGUGAUUAUGCUUGGUCAAACUAAAUUCAUAAAUUUCGGAAAUGUGUUUUUCUCUUAAAUAAUCACACUAGAGCAGUUUUUCAAAGGACUCUAUAAUUUUAUACUACAUCUCCAACACAGAAAAAAAUACCAGAGCUAAAUAAAUCCUUUGUUAUUACAAGCCUUCUUAAAUUCCCAAUACCACUUAAUUUCCAAGAGGGAUUUUUGAAUGUGUUAAGGUAUUACACAGAAAGGCUUUAAAAAAGUCAUGUCAUUUCUAAGAUAUAAUCACGAAAACGAUAAAAAUGUUACAGAAACAGCCAUCAAACCAUACUUUCGGCAAAAAUAUCAACGUUAGAAUGGCAAAUACAUCCGCGUCCCCAUAAAAAGUAAAGGACUCAUGAUCGGAAAAGAUGCAGUGAAAGCUGUUUGACAGCACUAUACACUAUAUAUUGGAUUAAAUGAGAAAGGUCACAAUCUUGUCAAUGAGCCGAAACACGACAAGGAUAAUAGAAUCUUAUUUAUUGAAGUAAACUGUGUCAAAUUGUUUUUUUCUUUGACUUGUAACUGGGCCAAAGAUUGCAUAAAAGAUUGUUUGCAAAGUUCUCUGCUGUCACGAAACUCUCCAAAACCGUUCCUCAUCGCGCCAAAGGGCCCUUGGCCAUUGUUUCAGCUCUUAAGAACUUUUUGAUAACUCUUUUUUUUCGUAGGCAAUAUUUGUUUUUUGAGGCCGAAUGUUUAUACCAGGAUUUACAUUAAAUUAGCGGUCACCAGUGAAAAUAUUAUUAUUAUUAUUAUAUUAUUGUUAUUGAACCACGCUAUUUACACGGUAUUUAGUAAUAUAAAUCGCCAAGUAUAAGUCACGGUCUAAAUGUUGUGUGCCAUGCCAACCUUAUUACCUGCAACUGGAAUAAUUCCGAUACUGACAGAUACGCUUUGACGAGAUAGUUUUCCUCUUUGCAUGACUGUAAUCUGCAAUUUAAAUAACCUUCAGAAAGGUAUUUGGUGAAGUGAAGUCAGACCUAACUGGGCAGUCUUGGGUUCAUAUCACGACGCCCUUGUUGGAGGAGAGGAAGAGGGGGAGGGGUAUACGAAUAUAUCUAGUCUGAGUCUUAAACCUCUUUGUUUCACCCAGUAAGGGGGAAGCAGUGUCCCUGUCCAUAUACAGGUGUAUUACUAUUGUUUUGGGCGUUGUCUUCUUUUCUUUUGUUUAGUUUAUGUUCAACUUCGUGAUGUUCAUCGCUAUUUCAUAGGCUUAUGCUGGCCUUAUUUGCUGUGUCAAGGCCAAACAAGGUUUAUUUACCUAAUGGAAUUUCUCGAGUAUGUUCCUCGCAUUGUGCAAGAUUUUUCUGAUAAAAAAAGGCUUGUUUAUAGUGGAAAGUGCAUUUAGUUUAUCCAUCUAGUUUACAGGCACUCCACUCAAAUACUUAGAAACAAAUAAUUCAAAUACAACAUAACAGGAUUAAAAACCCCAACUGGCAGAAGGAAACCAGUUAGCUAUUUACAAGCGUGGCCGAGGAUUUGAACUCGGGACAACCGAGUACAAAUCCAGCAAGUGGCAGAGCGGGACUCGAACCCGGGACCGCCGGAUUGCGAGUCCGACGCGCUGACCACUCGGCCACGCUGCCUCCUGAUAAAAUGCUUGACAGUAUGUUGGCUUCACUUGGCGAGAUAACAGGUUUCCAAACUGAGUACUGGUACAACUUUUAGAGGCCUGGGGCCUGUUUCUCGAUAGUCGCGAUGACGUUUCGGUUCCCGAAAGCCGUUUAUGUUUGCCGUGUUUACAUUUUUGGUCUUAAAAAUUAUACAAUAAAACUAUCAGUUAACAAACAAAAUUGACCAGUUUGAGCUAGGAACCGUGCUACUAUUCGACAGGUUUUGAUUUUAAAAUUUGCCUUCGGGCCCGAAAAGUUACAGGAACUUUCGAGAAACGGACUCCAGACCUGAAAACGGGGAUGUGGAAAAAUAACAUGUUCUAGUCUGAAAUAGAGUCAGGAGAACUGAGUGGUACACUCCCACGCUAGGAGCAACCCCAGGGUCUUAACUAAAAUUUCAGUGUAAACAAAGAAACUGUUUUGUUUGUUUGCAGCAAGGUACCAGAAUAGAAAGGAGUGGCAAGUGGACAUGAAAAUCCCAAGAAGAAAUGUAGGAGUAACUGGCGUUGACGGCUCUGCUCCAAUACGAGAUAAAACGAGUCUGUGGCCUAAAGGAAUUAUACCCUACACCAUUGCUUACAGUAUCCGUAAGUAAAAAGUCUCUCGACGCGCACGUGUAUUAGCUAAGACUUUAUUACUACUUUAUUAAAAAAGUAGGUACAUAGAUACACUUGCUAAAAUGUCUACUUUUCUUUUUCUGUGUUAUCAUUGUACGUCAGUAAGCAGUGUUAAUUAGAUCACUUAACUUCAGUGUUUUAUCUAUUUUCAGUUGCAAUCUGCAAGGCUUUCUGAUAGUUAAAGGUUUUUGUUUUUAGUAGAUAAUUGUGUUGUUGAUGUACAGCUGUAUUUGUCUUGCCUGACCACGACUAGCUUUCCAGCUAUUUGCGGGACAAACUAUUUCAACUUUCGUAUUUUUGUACAAAUAGUAAAGUUGUUGUUGUUGUGUCUAAUUCAUGCAAGUAGUAUUGGUCAGAUCGAUUCAUUUAGUCAGAAGACUUCUUCAAACAUCUUCUCCAAGUUGUGUAAGCUGUUAAGCAUGCUUCCUUGUAACUGGACAGCAAGUCGUAUUUGACCAAUCUGUCUUGUGCGCUUCCGUUGAUCAGAGCGAACUACAAUAUGUUCGUCUACGUUUAUAAAAAUGGCCAAUAUUAAUUUAAAGAAAUCAAUUUGCCACAUCGUUACUGACUCAAUCUCAUCACUAGACGUAUUUCGUUUCAGCUGAAUCCAGCAAAAUCCGUCAGUUGCUUAGAGAUGCGAUGGCUGAAUGGGAAAGACACACGUGUAUUAGAUUUGAAGAGAGAGUAAAUCAGUCAGAUUAUGUAGAAUUUUAUUACGGCGAGGGGUGAGUGUUAUUUGGUUUUAUAUAAUAGAUCUACUCACAAAGGUCUUACUUUUAGUCUCAAUGUCAACCUCUGUCCAUCCCCCUGAAGGGAGGGUGGGAUGAAGAGAAGGUUGAUAUUUCAGACUAAUCUUGCUAGUUGCUACCUCCUGUUACCUGCCAUCCGUUAUCAGUUAUGCGGUGUACAACAAACCUAAACGAAAAGGUCUGCUUACUAGAAUCUGAGCUGUCAGUCUUCCAAGCUGUGGAACCGACUGAGUUGGUGUUGCUUAUGGUCUCCACACACAACUGCAAGAAGGUAGAUUUGGAUCAAUUACUGGAUCCAAUCGUUUCGAGCAGUCUUAUGUGAAAUACCAACAAAAAACGCUAUUUACUCUAUGACGAUUCUUUAAUACAAAAAGCUGUAAAAUUGCUGUACUUAUAUAAAAUGAUGCUUGCGUGAAGAUCACCUUUAAAUUAUUUAACUUGAAGGAUUAAACGGUUUAGAGUAAGUAAAGACUUGUUUUAAAACUUGAUAGAUCCGCCAGAUUGUUUGAAAGUAAAAUACUCGAAAUUCUAUGCACAUUUAACUGUUUUAUAAUACUAUGUUCUAUAGGAUAUCCAUCUUCUUAUUUGCUAAGAGCCUAUAGUUCAUUUUGAACAUUGGCGCAACCUAAAUAUUAGUUAUCUGCUAAUCUAUAAGUGCGCGCGCAGUGCGUAAUUUCUAAGAGCAAUGUCGAACUGUGUUUCGGGCUGUGGUGUGUUUGUUGCUAUUUUCUUUAAAAAAAAUGCUUAUUAAAUGAUUAUUGGAUUCGGUUUUUGUGAUAUCCGGAAAAAAUAUCUCGGUAAGUGUUAUCAGCCUCGCCUGAAAGCACAUUCUUCGAACUUCACUAUUCUGGAUAUCACAAAAAACGCCGCCCAAAAAUUGUUUAUUAUCUCCUUGUUUCCUGUUUGUGUUUCAUAAAGGUGCAACUCUGAUGUUGGGCGAGCAGGCGGUAGGCAAACUACAUCUCUGGGUCGAGGCUGCGCACAUCAUGGGAUUGUGGUACAUGAACUGGGACAUUUAGUUGGCUUUUGGCACGAACAAAACAGGCCAGAUAGAGAUAACUAUAUAAAUAUUAUGGAGGAGAACAUUAUACCUAGUAAGUGUUUUGCAAAUCGCAAAGAGAGAGACCAUAAAUUGUGUUAUGUUCCUACAGACCGACCCUCUCCUACCCAGCUCCAACUCCCACAGAGGGAAAAAAUCGUCACUUUCGAUCGUUUUGAAAUUUAACUUGCCAGCGAGGAUUACAAGACACAGACCAAGAAAAUGAAUAAAUUAAAUAAUUUUUCAACUCGAGAAGAGAAAUCUCGUGUCUCCGCGCGGUCGUGUAAUAUUCCCUAUUUAUUUAUUUCCUUGGUUUGUGAUGUGUAGACCUCGCCUCUGUUAUCAUAUUAGUACCAUUUUCUAUACCAGUAUCGAAAGUUAUUCCACAGAGCAGCUUCAGUUUGGACUCUAUAUUACGGUCCUGACACUUUAAUUAUCUUCAAGUUCUCUUUUUUUUACACAUUUAAAACCUAUCCACCUUUUAAAAAGUAACUCUCGGAUUCAAGUAAUUCCAAAAUACACCUCAAGGUUUGAAGUCCUUGACAAAUAUCAGUUGAGUCGAGUUCCCCUAGAUCACUGGUCAGCUUUUCUUUUAAUUCCGGCACUGUUGAUAAUCCAUUGCAUGGUUUUGUUCUCGUGAUGUAUUUUAUUUGAAAUACCAUUUUUUAUUGAAAAACAAAUUGUGGUCUUUUCUUCUUUUCAGAGUUUAAGUUUGCUUUUGAUAAAUACAGUAACCGCAAAAUUGACAGUUUAGGUGUUGAAUACGACUAUAAGUCCGUCAUGCAUUACGGGGCGAAAGCGUUCUCCAGAAACGGUCAGCCUACAAUAGUGGCACGUGAUACAACAGUGAAGAAGUUUGGUAAUAGUCACCUCAGUCCUCUGGACAUAAGACAGGCCAAGCUUUUGUACAACUGUCCAGGUUAGUUCAAGAAAAGAAGCAGCAUUGUUUUAUAGCUGAAACUUUUUUCCACCUGAGUCCGCGCGCUGCCGUCGGUAACAAUUUUGGGGAGAUGAAGCAGCGAAGUUUUUGGGCGACGCACGUCAACCGGAAGUGGACUUGUUGCCCUCUUGAGCCGUGAUUUUGAACAAAUUUUUGUUAGCAAAUCGGCUGUAUAAAAGCAAAGAAAGUUAGCAGUACAAAUUUAGUAGCGUCAGGGUAUUCUUCAAUAGUGAGAAAGGUUUACCGCUGGUUGACCUGCGUCGCUCAAAAACGUCGCUGCUUAAAUUUCCUUAACAAUGUUUUUCGCAGCAAGUCUCUAAACGGGUAACAUGGCAAAUUCUUUGACGUCAGAGGGUAGGAGUGCACGUUGCUCGCGAGUGUUGACCGCUCACAUAGAAUUAUUUUCACGAAUUUGUGCACGUAGAAAGUUUCUUCGUGGGCAUAUGAAUAGUUCCUUGGGGAACUAGUUAAUUUUGUUUCCCCCGAAUCUCGAUGUUUACUGUUUUAAUGUUUCAAAGGAAACAAAAUGGGGGGAACAAAAUUUACUGUUUUCCUCGGACCAGUCAUUUUGUCAGGUGAUAAACUGGUAAGCAUUGAAAUCCAUGAGAAGGUGAAAUUGGUGUCAUAGGCGGUCUAAAGAAAAAUUUCUUAAGCCUCAUUAUAAACAACUUCGCCGUGAUAAAGUGUCUUACUGGAAGCAGUUCUUGUUUUAUUUUACUAAAUGAAAUGUUUUAUUGACCUUCUCAUGUUCCCCAGAUUACCCAGAAUUCCCACGAGAUUUUGUUUGGAAGAACGACGGAUCCAUGGGAAGACAGGCAAUUUGUUUAAGAAUUUAUCAUCCAAGUUCAACAGGUUGGAAAGAUAACUACCUCUGCUAUCGCAAAGAUAAACAAAAUCUACAGCUCAGGUAACAAAAAAAUAUUUUACCGUAUCCACCGUUUGAGAGUGUCAAACAUCGUUGUGGAUCUAAAUGGAACAGCUUAUCAACCAUCAUAAUGGUUUUUCCCUGGUAUCUUCUAGGUGGUCCUUUAAAGGCCCUUUAAGAGAUAAGCGAUGUACUCGAAUUCGCGUACCUACCAAAUCUCAUACAGAGGGCUGGGACCGGGCAUACUUGUGUUGGCCGCACGAUGGAAAUUAUAAAUUCAAAUGGUUGACGAAUGAGCCCAGUGACAAAGAUAAAGGUAGCUGCUUAAAGUGGACCGAGCCCCGUGAUCCUACCUGGAAUAACUCCAGAUACUACUUGUGCGCAACUAAGCAUAAACGAGCAGUGGGUAAGUUUUAAGAGCGGUGUUAAUUCACACAGUAUAGUUUUCGAAUCGUUAACUCGUAACUGACCUUUUCAUCAUCGCAUAUCAACCUCAUUGAACUACCUCACAGUAGCUUUUGUGACUUAACUUCAAAUGAGCGCAGAAAAAAUUACUCGGUGAUUGAUGGCAUGGAAACAAAUAGCUCGCAAUGAGGUAGUUACUGGGAACGAGGAAUAAUUUAGGUCAUAUUAUCGGAACACUGAGUGUUCUUAAACAAGGACACAGAUCGUGGUAACUUGCCUCAAAAGAGGAAAAAAGACUCGUAAAAUCUCGUUGACGAGAAGAGAGAUUUUAAAUCCAGCUUACUAAUCAACCAGUCACCUGAUUACUUUGUUAGAGAAGGACUGACUGUUUCAAUCAAGGGGUUUUAUGUAUGGAGCUAACGUAUAUAAAAAUGGUUAUCAUUAUUAUUAUGACUUUCGCAGACGGUAACUGGACUAGAUGGUCUCCAUGGAGUCAGUGUAGUCGGCGAUGUGGCGGGGGAGUUCAAACACGGUCUCGAAGUUGUACUAAUCCGCAACCAGCCUUUGGAGGUUCAUAUUGUGAUGGCAGAUCAUUGGAAAAAAGGCCAUGUAACUCACAAGAGUGUUGGGGUACGCACAUUAAAGUUCUAACUAACCUGUUGAUUAUCUUGUUACUUUUUCCCAGAGCAAAUAAUGGCUGCUGUCAUGGGUGGCCUUAAAAAGGCGCAUUUCACGAGCUAGUCGUAUUCCUUUGCGGUUCUCGUUUAUUUUUCACACGCCUAGUGUUUCCCUGGCGUUGGCCAUUGGUGAUUAAGAAUUGAUCUUUUAAUCACCCUGUCUGUUUAGCUCCUGGGAGUUAUACGAUUCAAAGAAGAAGACAAAAGUUUCCUACCGCAACGGUUUCCCAUAAAACCAAAUUCCUUUUUUACUUGCAGAGUGGCCGAGGUUCCCCGAGGAUUUCAAUUUCGGCCCAAAAGUACGUCCCAACGAAGGCGAGAACUGCCUUCGGAUAUUUGAGAGGCGAGAUUACUAUACUUGGAAAAAUUACUUGUUUUGCACCCCUGGAGACAGGCGACAGUUGGGAAUGCGCUGGUCAGACCAAGAACCAAUAGCAAAGAUGAGAUGCACGCAUAUUUACGUGCAGGAUGACUCAAGGGGAAAUAAAUGGAACAACAACUUUCUUUGCGUACCUAGAAACUCUGCCAUGCCAUACAGGUGAGAUUUACAAUAGAAAGGAACAAUAUACCUUUUUUGCGUAAUAUGGUUUAUUGCCCAUUGAAUGUCACAUAAUCUUUUCAGGAGAUUUCAGUAUGAAGGUGAGGAGUAAUAAAGGAUCCGGAGAAUACACCCUUAAACUUUGUAAUGAAAAGCUCUCGUGAGCGACCGCGACUACUUUUGGGAUUAACAAACUGGACUUUUCCUUGGCUUUUGUUUAAAAGCUCUCGUGAGCGACCACUCAGAGUCUUAUUCGUAUUAACCAACACUUUCAUCAAACUACACAGUGCGAUAAUGGUCUGAAAAAUUGGACGUAAGGUUUAGCCGUGUCUAUAUCAGAUAUAAAGUCACUCAUUAAACGUUAAUUCUUUUGUUUUUUCUUUAUGAAUUAUUAAUGAGUUUCUGAAGCUCUCCUAAGCUACCACGCCGGCUCUAUUGUUUACCAUGCGGUCGCUUACCAGAGCUUCGACUGUAUUACCAAAGAAAGGCAGAGGAAUUAAACCUUACUAGAAGCACUCAACCGCCUCACAGAUUAAUCCGAGAGACAGGCGUAUACUCAGCAGAGUAAAUUGGUUGAAAUUUUCUGUUCUUUUGCUCAUUCUUGUGUCAUGUGCGGAUAGGUUCGUGUGGUCUUACAGCGGCAGAAUUCCUAACUUACCUUGCAUGAGAUGGUAUGCAAGAAGGGGGAGAUAUGGCUGGGAUAGAACAUACUUAUGUGCAACAAAGGCCGGUAAGUCGAAUAAUCUAACAAUACACUUUGGGUGGAUUUCCCCUGUCGCCUAAUUUUUACGUGCUUACGCACGUAAAUAAACUUGAGGCAAUGUAUGAAAACCGCGCGUAAACGUAAAAGUUGAGCGAGUUUAACUUUUACGUUAACAUAUCCUCACUGCAUAUUCAUCCCGGGGGGGGGGGGGGACUCCGCAUAUGAAAGGGGUGGGAAUGCUCGUCGGAAAUUUUGAAUUAAACCCCCAAAGGAGACCGAUCUGGGCGUGGCGCAAGCUUUUUUUGAACCCUAAAAGAGACCAUGUUAAAACACAGACAAUGUAUAUAUUUCUGUAUUUUUUCGCGUGCAACCCUAAACGAGACCUUCACGGCUAAAUAUGAUGGUGUUUUUCCUAGAACACCCUAAGUGAGACCAAAAUCCGAAAUUUACACCCGUAAGCGAGACGACGAGCAUCCCCACCCCUUUCAUAUGUGGAGUCCCCCUCCGCCCCCGGGAUACUCAUUACCCCACCGCGUAAUAUGUAGGGGUAAGUACGUGGUGUAAGCAUCAUAAAGUGGUUUCACGUAAUCUCAUAUGCAAUAUAACUGUGCGCACCCCAAUACCACAUAGGCGUACAUCAACAUGGCCCUUCAUAGCCGUACCUAGCCCUACAGAGCCCUACAUAGCCGUACAUUGCCCUACACAACCCUACAUAACCUUACAUAACCAUACAUAACCCUACACAACCCUACAUAGCCGUACAUAGCGCUACAUAGCCCUACACAAACCUAAAUAACCCUACAUAGCAUUGUGUAUGGUUGUGUAGCGUUGUGUAUGGCUAUGUGGAGAUAUGCAUGGCUAUGUAGGGUUAUGUAUGGCUAUGUAUGGCUAUGUAGGAUUAUGCAGGGUUAUGUAUGGCUAUGUAGGGAUGUGUAGGGCUAUGCAGGGCUAUGUAGCGUUGUGUAGGGCUUUGUAGGGCUAUGUAGGGUUGUGUAGGGCUGUUUAGGGCUAUGUACGGCUAUGUAGGGUCAUGUUGUGCAGCUAUGUAGAUGUAGGCCUAUGUAGUAUAGAGGUGCGAACAGUUAUGGUUACACCACGAACUUACCUAUUUGGGUUCGAUUUCCGCUGUCUCCCGGGGGAUGAGUGCGGGCUCAUUUUCCCGAAUAGCGGCUGGUAAUCGAGCUUACGUAAUAUUAAGUAAUGGAAAAAGUCCGCGACUGCUGAGGCAACAGGCAUGUAACGAGCAUAACAUUGAAGUUGUUAACCGCCACCACGGAAGGUGGGCUUCUCGCAAAAUUGACCGUGUUCCCGGA